CGGGCCCCUAUCCCCUAUGACAGCCUACUGCCUCCUCCGUCGCCACAAACUGCCGGCGUAGAUCCUCUAGUGCAAAUGCAGGUAACACAAUUUGGUUGCGGGGGAUUCGUGAUGGGGCUGAUAUUUUGCCACGGCAUAUGCGACGGGCUCGGCGCGGCGCAGUUCUUCAACGCGGUCGGAGAAAUGGCUAGAGGGGCUAAGGCACCGAGUACCGCGCCGGAGUGGUGCCGAAAUUUCCUCCCACGAUCGCCGCCAUCAGCGCCACUCUCCCUAGCUAUUCUCGUCUCGGACUACCAGCUAGAGCCGGCCAUAAUCGAUGUAUCCAUGGAUGAAAUCAAAAAGCUGAAACAGGAAUUCCAACAGCGGAGCGGGAAGAGGUGCUCCACAAUCGAGAUGGUGGCAACAAUGCUGUGGCGGCAGCGCACGGAGGCGAUCAGACUGGACGAGGAGACGGAGGUGAAGCUGGUGUUCUUCGCGAACUGCAGGCAUGUGGUGGAGCCGCCGCUGCCGGAGGGGUUCUACGGCAACUGUUUCUUCCCCGUGAGCAUGAGCGCGAGGAGCGGCAAGGUGGUGGCGAAGAACGUGUACGAGGUGGUGGAGGUGAUCAAGGGGAAGGCGCGGCUGGCGGAGGAGUUUGGGAAGUGGGUGAGGGAGAUGAGGGACCCAUUCGCUCCGCCGCUGGAAUACCGGACGCUCUUCAUAUCGGAGUGGGGGCUGGGGUUCAUGGAGGUGGACUAUGGCUGGGGGAAGCUAUAA